ACCGGAGGCUUCUACCGAGACGCAGGGACAAGGGGUGGCUUGGGCUGGAAAGGGGGCGAUGGCCCCGGCAGCAGACGUCGGGGUCGCGUUGCUUCGGCUGGCCUCGCGGCGCUGGGUCCGCCACGCGAUUCCUCUCGCGCUCCUCUUGCUGCUGCUGCUUUCUGUGUGCGCUUGGAGCUCGCGCGCCCCCCCAGGCUGCGGAUCCGGGACGCAGCCGUGCAUUCCCGAGGGCACGCCGCCGGUCCAGGUCCCGCGACAGUCAGGUUCCCUGGAGGCCCCCGAGUGGGAAGAGCCUCCGUGUGGGGGCCCCCAGGGCGUGCUGGGCCACGUGAUGGGGCCGUUCCGCGCCAGCCUGGACCCCGAAGGGGACCUGGCUUUGUCUCAGUACCUAGCCGGAUGGAGGGCGCUGGUCAGGUUCCUAAGUCCCCUCGGCUCCAUCUUCGCCUUCGCCACGAGCGAGGCCUACGCCAAAGUGACAGCCCUCGAGGCUCGAGUGCACGGCCCGGAGGCGGCGCACUACUCGUCGCUGCUGGCCAUGGCGGCGUGGGAGCGGCAGGAGGGACGGCUGGAGCGCCCCGGCGUCGCCCCGCGAGACACCGCCAGCUCCUCGGGCUCCCGGAUCCUGCUCUUGCUGCACCGAGCGCUGCGCUGGUCCCAGCUCUGCCUCCACCGGGUGGCGACCGGGACGCUCGGAGGCCCGGACGCCGGCGUGCAGUGCAGCGACGCGUACCGCACGGCCCUGGGCCCGCACCACCCCUGGGUGGUCCGCCAGGCCGCCCGCCUCGCGUUCCUCGCUUUCCCGGGUCGCGGCCGCUGGCUGGAGCUCGCGUGCCCGGGCGCCGGGGAGGCGGAGGCGCGGGCCGCGCUGGUCCAGGUGGCGGGCACCCUGGAAGAUGUCUACAACCGCACCCAGGGCCUGCUGGCCGAGUGCAGCCUACUCCAGCUGGCCUGAAGCCCCCGGCGGGCCAGACGCGCCGAGACCCAACCUCCUGGCUUCUGGCCCGCAGGCCCCCUGCGUCCGCCCAGUGGGCGGGGCCGCCGGAGCCACGGCUCCACGUGACGUCGAUGCCUGGAGGGCCCGCCCCCGGCAGGGUUGGGUAACGCCCCGCCCGCUCUGCGCAGCCGCGGGACGAGGGGCGGUGCCGUGGGAAUAAAAUGCGCUCGUGGGGCGCGGCGGGUUCGGGGCGUCUCGUGCGAUGACGGCAGGCGCUGGAGGGAAGUGGAAACAAUGGACGUGGGAAGAUGCGUCAUCCCUGUUCCCGGCAGCCGGAGACUCACGCUCCCAGCCACUCCCAAGGCUGCGGGUGCCAGCCGCGUGCCCAGUCUCCGGCCCAGCCCUGCGCCCCGAGCCCCGGCCCAGCGCGGCCGGCUGCUUGCCGGGCUCGCCCGCACAAGCCGCCGACGCAGCCCCCGCCCCCGGAGCCGCACCUCUCCGUGUGCGCCGCGGUCGCUGCGUUCGGCCGCCCGAGCGUGAAAGCUGCGCGCCAGGACGCACCAGCGGGCGCGCGGCUCCUGCAAAGGCCCCCUUGACCGCUCCCACGGCAACAGGGAACGGGCAAGUGGCCGUUUCACACGCUGAGAACUCAAAGGGUGGGUCCGGCCCACUUUCCUCCUGCACCCCAGAAUCCUGUCUGUGCAGCUUCUGUUACGUGUCUUCACCGGAAUGUCUGCUAGAAUCUCACAUGUCCCAACCUGAGCUUCCGAUGCCUUCCCUCCCCGCAGGUACUUCCUCCAGUCUGUGCCAGGGCAGUACAUGACCACUCACUCUUCCACGUUCUUAAGCCAGAAAGUUGGUAGUCGUCCUGACUUCUGUUUCUCUCUCAUCCCACCCACAUCGGAUCUGCUGAAUCUGACCAUUUCCCACUAUCUCCACUGCCAUCCCCCUUGUCAAGCCACCUUUAUGUCUAUCACCCAGAUUAUUACAGUGGCCUCCUAGUUGUCUCUGUGUCCCAUACUCGGAUUCCCUACUGUGGGUUUUCACAGAGCAGCCAAAGUAGUUUCUUGAAAGAUAGAUCAUAUCCCAUCACUUGCAGGCUCCAAACCUUCCGGUGGCUCCCUAUUGCACUCAGAUUUAAAAAAAAAAAAAAAGGAACUUAAGUAAAUUUUCUAGGUUAUAUUUUCAGCUGAGAAUGAUGAAAACCUUCGUAAAGGCCCUACGUGAUCUGACUGCACUGGUCAAAUUGACCUCUUGGAUUUUCAUUCAUUAUUUCACGCAUGAUCCUGCCUCAAGAUCUUUGUACUGUCUCUUCCCUCUGUCUGGAAAGCAUUUACCCGAAAUAGAGAAAUGACUUCCCUCACUCCUUCCUUCUGGACUUUACUCAAAUGUCUCCUCAGGGAGACCUUCCCUGAUUAUUCUUUUUUUUCUUUUUUAAGAUUUUAAAAAAUUAUUUAUUUGACAGAGAUCACAAGUAGGCAGAGGGGGAGGAGUAGGCUUCCCGCUGAGCGGAGAGGCGGAUGCAGGGCUGGAUCCCAGGACCCCAGGAUCAUGACCUGAGCUGAAGGCAGAGGCUUUAACCCACUGAGUCUCCCAGGGGUCCCUUCCCCGAUGAUCCUAAAAUUUCAGCACACACACACACUCCUCCUAUUCCCUUCCCUACUUUGUUUUGUUUUGUUUUUUUUCUUAACAUGAGUCACCGUCUAAUAACACGCUGUGUUUUGUAAUUAUUUGGUGUGUUUUGUUUCCAUUGAGAAAUGCAAGCUGCAUGGGGCAGGGAGUUUCUAGACAGAAAUGUCCCCUGAUGUACAUCCAGUGCCUCAAACAGUGCCUGUCUCCUAGUAGACAUUCACUAGCCUUUUGUUAAAUGAAUGUCUGAACACACGAAAUGGUUCAGAUGGCAAGAGCCUAGAGUCCAAAUGAAAAGGGGAGGUUGCA